UUCACACUUUCCAUCCGAAACUCGGAAAAUCGGCUCAAUGGGUAGCAAGGGCAAGGCGGGUCUGGACUUCUCAACCAAGGUGGUGCUGAUCACGGGAGCAGCUUCCGGAAUCGGGGCCGCCACGGCAGAAAUGUUCUCUAAGCUGGGUGCCUGCUUGGCGCUGGUUGAUCGGGAGGAGGAGAAUCUCUUGUGUGUAAUGAAAAAGUGCAUGAAGUCAGGCCACGAGCCAUACGGCAUAGCCGGUGAUCUGCUCAAGCCGCCGGAGAUCGAGUGUAUUGCAAGAAAGACCACAGAGCGCUUCGAAGGUAAACUGGAUGUUCUGGUAAAUGGAGCGGGUAUUAUGCCCACGGGCACGCUGCAGAACACGGAGCUGUCCUGCUUCACGCACGUAAUGGAGGCCAAUGUGAGGUCUGGUUUCUACCUGACCAAGUUAUUGCUUCCUCAGCUGCUAGAAUGCAAGGGCAGUAUCGUUAACGUGUCCGGCGUCAGUGGGUUACGCGCUUUUCCUGACUUGUUGGCAUAUAAUAUGUCCAAGGCGGCAGUGGACCAGUUCACCAGGUCCCUGGCACUGGAUCUUGGUCCACAUGGUGUCCGGGUGAAUGCAGUUAACCCGGGUGUGAUACGUACCAAUCUGCAAAAAGCCGGUGGCAUGGAUGAACAAAGCUAUGCCGAAUUUCUAGAGCAGUCCAAAAAGACCCAUGCUCUCUGUAGGAUUGGUGAGCCAAUAGAGGUGGCGUCUGCCAUUUGUUUCCUGGCCAGCGAACUAGCCAGCUUCGUGACCGGAGUCACGCUUCCUGUGGACGGUGGCAAACAAGUUAUGUGUCCGCGCUAAUCUCUACAAAGGAAAUCAAUCCGAUUGGGUCCAUCUGAGAGCCUCUUGCUUUUUAAUUUGUUGCCCACCGAUCAUUAUCAUAAAAAUUUAAAAUCUUUAGUAUUCAAUUGAAAAAUGAUUUCAUAGCAAA